AUGUCCACUCCGAGUGAGCUCAAGUCUCCGUGUGUGACGCGGAACGGCAUGGUCAAGCUGCCUCCACAACCCAACGGCCUCGGCUCGGCCAGCAUUACAAAGGGCACGCCGGCCGCUAAGAACCGUCUGUGCCAGGCAUCCUCGGUGCCCCCAAGCCUGCCCUACCACUUAGAGCCGCUCCCCAUGGCAGCCGACGCCAGGCAGUACUCCAAGAUGGAGAGGCAGCUGGCCCUAGACGAGAAGGUGUUAAACCGGCUGCUGUGGUACUUCUCCACGGCAGAGAAGUGCUCUCUGGCCCAGGUGUGCAAAACGUGGCGUAAAGUCCUGUACCAGCCCAAGUUCUGGGAAGGCGUGAGCCCUGUCCUGCACGCUAAGGAGCUCUAUAACGCGCUGCCCAACGGCGAGAAGGAGUUUGUCAGCCUGCAGGCAUUCGCACUACGUGGCUUCCACUCCUUCUGCCUGGUGGGUGUCUCUGACCUGGACAUCUGCGAGUUCAUCGACAACUAUCCGCUGUCCAAGAAGGGAGUAAAGUCACUCAGUUUAAAGCGUUCUACCAUCACGGAUGCAGGGCUCGAGGUGAUGUUGGAGCAAAUGCAGGGGCUGCUACAUCUGGAGCUUUCGGGCUGUAACGACUUCACCGAGGCUGGCCUGUGGUCAAGUCUGAAUGCUCGGCUCACAUCGCUUAGCGUCAGUGACUGCAUCAACGUGGCUGAUGACGCCGUAGCGGCGAUCUCGCAGCUCCUGCCCAACCUGUGCGAGCUGAGUCUGCAGGCGUACCAUGUGACAGACACGGCUAUGGCCUACUUUACCGCCAAGCAGGGCUGCACCACUCGUACGCUGCGCCUACACUCCUGCUGGGAGAUCACCAACCAUGGUGUGGUGAACAUGGUGCACAGCUUGCCCAACCUGACCGCGCUCAGCCUCUCAGGCUGCUCAAAGAUCACUGACGACGGCGUUGAGCUUGUGGCCGAGAACUUGCGCAAGCUCCGUAGCCUCGAUCUCUCCUGGUGCCCACGCAUUACAGAUGCUGCCCUUGAGUACAUCGCCUGUGAUCUGCACAAGCUUGAGGAGCUGGUUCUUGACCGGUGUGUGAGGAUUACAGACACAGGCCUCGGGUACCUUUCUACCAUGUCUUCACUUCGCAGCCUCUAUUUACGCUGGUGUUGUCAGGUGCAGGACUUUGGGUUGCAGCACUUGUUUGGUAUGAGGAGUCUUCGUCUUCUCUCUCUAGCGGGUUGCCCCCUGCUGACCACCACUGGCCUGUCAGGCUUGAUCCAGUUGCAGGAUCUGGAGGAACUGGAGCUGACCAACUGCCCAGGCGCUACGGCCGAGCUCUUUAAGUACUACUCCCAGCACCUGCCACGCUGCAUGGUCAUCGAGUAGAGACGAUGAAGAGCCUGCAUCCUCCUCAUCAUCGAAAAAAAACCUUCCUCCUUCUUCAGACGAACGAACCAGACUGAUGACUAAACCCCCAAACUCAUCUUGAAACCCACGAGGGGAAUCGACGGAAAAAGGGAAAAGACGGAGUCGAAGAUGAGACAACGCAAGAGGAACACGGGAAGCUGGUCGGAAUCUUCCAGACCUUUCUGAUGUAUUCAUUGGUCUCGGCUGAUGUAGGAAAGUGACAUGAAAGCGAGCGACACGAUCCGAGGCGUCAAGCUUCCAUCACAACCAUCAGCCUUCACACACGAACCAUGAACCAUGAACCAUGAAGCGAAAAAAAAGCCUUUUUUUUAAAUGUUUUUUUUUUUUUCGAAUGCGAAACACGAGCUGCGUGAACUCCAAAAAAACCAAGACCGGGAGAAGCUACAGUAGGAAAAAGUAAAGAACGCAAAAGAAACUGAUCCUUUCCCUUCUCGCUGUAUUUACACUCUGCACUCUCUUUAGUGAAAGUCGCCUCUGAGAAAAUAGAAAAUACUCGAAUUAUUAGCCGUGAACAGCCGCGUCGA